AUGAGCGUGAGAGCAUUGGAGAGCCGCGUGCUGCAGACCGUGACCAGGGCGAUGGACAAGCUCUACCCGUUGAAGAACGCCGAGAACUCGUGGGACAACACGGGGCUGUUGGUGGACUCGUCGGUGCCCGACGCCGGCGACGCCGCCGCCGCCGCCGCCCCGAGGAUCCUGCUCACCGUCGACCUGACCGAGGCCGUUGCCGACGAGGCCAUCCGCCAGCGCUGCAACGUCAUCAUCGCGUACCACCCGUUCCUCUUCCGCAAGUUCAACCGCAUCACCCCCGCCGACAACACCCAGCACCGCUCGCUCGUCAAGCUCAUCCGCAACAACGUCAGCGUCUACUCGCCCCACACCGCCGUCGACGCCGCCGUCGGCGGCGUCAACGACUGGCUUGCCGACGGCGUGUGUGCCGGCAGCGUCGAGACCGCCCGCCGCGUCAUCGUCCCCGACAAGACCGCCGUCCCCGGCGUCGGCAUGGGCCGCAUCGUCCAGCUCGACCGCCCCAUCCCGCUCUCCGACGCCGUCGCCCGCAUCAAGACCGCUCUCCACCUCCGCCACGUCCAGGUCGCCGCCCGGGCCGGCGUCGACGCCGUCUCCGUCCGCACCAUCGCCAUCUGCGCCGGCAGCGGCGCAGGCGUCUUCCAGAACCUCGACCCCGCCGACCACGCCGCCGUCGACCUCUUCUACACAGGCGAGCUCUCCCACCACGAGCUCCUAGCCCUCUCCGAGCACGACAAGAGCGUCGUUCUCUGCGGCCACUGCAACACCGAACGCCCCUUCCUCCACACCCUGCGCACCCGUCUCGCAGCAGAGCUCGCGCCCGUUGCCGGUGCACACGUCGUCGUCUCUCUCUGCGAUGCUUCUCCCUUCGUCACCCUCUGA